AUGCCCUCCCGCAGCGACUCCAGCUACUCCUUAACCGGCCGAACCUCUCACAGUUUUACACACUUGCGUGUCCGAAGGGCUUGGCUACAAGUUAUCCUCCUUUUGGGCUUCAUCCAGAUGAUCCUGGGGGUCCUCAUCGUGACGCUGAGCUUGCUGGUCACCACUUCCAUCCCAUCUCAGCAUCCCAUCGGGAAUUCCUGUCCCAUCUGGGCCGGGUUUCCGCUGGCAUUCUCUGGUGUGGUUGGCAUCGUUUCAUGGAGACGCCCUUUCACCCCCGUGAUCACCUUCUUCACCCUGCUGUCUGUCUUAGGGGUGAUGCUCACCCUGGCAGGCUCUAUUCUGUCCUGCCAACACGCCCAGCAGGUGAAAUCUUUGGAAGUCUGUGAGCGGAUAAGGCAGCGAGACGGAUCUUCGAUCCCAAAGGAGCUGGGAUGGCGACGGAGCCUGAAAGGCCAGAAAUGCAUCUACGCGCCAUCUGAAUCCGGGAUUCCCGCCUGCGGCAAUAAAUCUGAUGUGGAUUCGAAUUGUUCCAGGAUCCUUCUCGUCCUCAAAGACCUGCUUUUCAGCAUCUGUGGCUUGACCAUCUUCUCCAUCGUUGUGUGCACCCUGUCCGCCAUCAUGUGUUGCAUUCAGAUUUUUUCGGUCGACAUUCUCCACGUGCUUUCUCCACCUCGCUCAAGCUCCCUCACGCUGGACUGUACGUCUCCUCCGGACACUUUCUUGCAACACAUGUUGGACCUGGAUGAGUUUGUCCCGCCAGUUCCGCCCCCUCCUUACUACCCCCCCGAGUACACCUGCAGCUCCGAGACGGAUGCCCAGAGCAUUACCUACAACGGUUCCAUGGAUAGCCCAGUACCCCUGUACCCCACUGAUUUUCCUCCAAGUUAUGAAGCUGUUAUGGGGCUCCGUGGGGACAGCCAGAUCACCUUCUUCACCCUGCUGUCUGUCUUAGGGGUGAUGCUCACCCUGGCAGGCUCUAUUCUGUCCUGCCAACACGCCCAGCAGGUGAAAUCUUUGGAAGUCUGUGAGCGGAUAAGGCAGCGAGACGGAUCUUCGAUCCCAAAGGAGCUGGGAUGGCGACGGAGCCUGAAAGGCCAGGAAAAAGUGUAUCCCACUUCUGACACCAUCCAGAGACCACAAAACAUCAUAUCCCACUUCUACCACCUUCACGAACAGCUGUAUCCCACUUCUGACACCAUCCAGAGAUCAGGAAAAAGCGUAUUCCACUUCUGA